CACGCGCCGAGCGCUACAAAUCUCCGGCUGAACGAUACAAAAAGUAUCCAAUGAUUUUGUUACUAAUAACUUGAUAAAUGGAGAGCAGUAACAGUCUCAGGAUCCCCACGUGUCACGCGUCUGAAGGUAACCUGGUAAUGGGGCCGAAAAAUGUAUGGAAGUGAAUAGGGCAUUUCCACGUCAAGAUAUACGGUGAAGGGGGGCCUGCUAUGAUGGCUCAAGAGUACUGCUGUGCCUCAGCAGAUGAGGGAGCAGAGAGCGGCCCACACGUCCCAUUCGUGCUGGAGAGAAGGGAGAAGGAGGAGGAAAACUGGAGGACAGCCGUUUCUCACCAACUGAAAAAGCAGUGCACAUGCAGCUCAGAGCGAGCCAAAGCCCAGGUUCUAGGGUUCGUCCCCAUCCUAAAAUGGCUGCCACGCUACCAGCUCAAAGACUGGAUCCUGGGUGACGUCAUGUCAGGGUUGAUAGUGGGCAUCCUGCUGGUGCCCCAGUCCAUUGCCUAUUCUCUGCUGGCAGGCCAGGACCCUAUCUAUGGCCUCUACACCUCCUUCUUCUCCAGCAUCAUCUACACCCUGCUGGGCACCUCACGCCACAUAUCUGUGGGCAUCUUCGGGGUGCUGUGCCUGCUGGUGGGCCAGGUGGUGGACAGGGAGUUGGCACUGGCAGGGUACAUCACAGAGAGUAUCAGGAACAACGCUACCCUGGGACUGGGCAUGGGGAACAGCACCGCAGGGCCAGUCUGUGAUAGGAGCUGCUAUGCCAUCAUGGUGGGGACCACAGUCACAUUUACAGCAGGGGUCUACCAGGUGUUGAUGGGCCUCCUGCAGGUGGGCUUUGUAUCCGUGUACCUGUCAGACUCCCUCCUGAGCGGCUUCGCCACGGGGGCCUCUCUCACCAUCCUGACCUCUCAGGUCAAGUACCUCCUGGGACUGGAGCUGCCCCGCGCCCAGGGCUGGGGUUCCCUCGUGAAGACCUGGGUCAACCUUUUCCAGAACCUGGACCAGACCAACCUCUGUGACCUGGUCACCAGCAUGGUGUGCCUGGCGGUGCUGGUCCCCACCAAAGAACUCAACGACCGCUUCAAGGCCAAGCUCAAAGCCCCCAUCCCCUUCGAGCUGUUUGUUGUCAUCGCUGCCACUCUGGCCUCCCACUUCGGCCACUUCGAGGAGGAGUACGGCUCGAAAGUGGCCGGCGCCAUCCCCACGGGCUUCCUGCCCCCCCAGCUCCCGUCCUGGUCUCUGAUCCCCAACGUGGCGGUAGAUGCCUUCUCCAUAGCCAUUGUGGGCUUUGCCAUCACUGUCUCCCUGUCUGAGAUGUUUGCCAAGAAGCACGGCUACAUGGUGGAUCCCAACCAGGAGAUGUACGCCAUAGGCUUCUGUAACAUCCUGCCCUCCUUCUUUCGCUGCUUCACCACCAGCGCUGCUCUGACCAAGACCCUGGUGAAGGAGUCUACAGGCUGCCAGACUCAGAUGUCUGGCCUGGUCACAGCCCUAGUGCUGCUGCUGGUGCUGCUGGUCAUUUCCCCCCUCUUCUACUCUCUGCAGAGGUGUGUGCUAGCAGUGAUCAUCUUGGUGAAUCUCCGGGGAGCAUUGCUUAAGUUCACAGACGUCCCGCGGAUGUGGCGUGUGAACCGCUUGGACACCGCCAUCUGGCUGGUGACCAUGGCAACCUCAGCGUUGAUAAACACCGAGCUAGGCCUGCUGGUGGGGGUUAUGGUCUCAGCCUUCUGUGUGUUGGGCCGCACCCAGAGAGCCCAGGCCUUAGAGCUGGGCCGGGCUGGCCAUCGGGAGCUUUAUGAGGAUCUGGCCUCCUACAAGGGCCUGCAGUCCCAGCCUGGAGUGGCCAUCUUCCGCUACGAGGCGCCCAUCUACUACGCCAACCAGACCCUGUUCAAGAAGGCCCUGUACCGCUGCCUGGGCCUGGAUCCCGUCAAGGAGAAGGCCCGGCGCAGGAAGCUGGAGAAACAUAGGAGAAAGCAAGAAGAAGUAGCCAUGAUGACAGGAGGGGAGGGCGGGACUAAGGGUAAAGAGAAAGAGUUGACCACCACCACCACCACCAAAGUCUUCCUACCAAAUCAAGUCAACUUCCACUCUGUGGUGAUAGACUGCAGCCCGGUGCUGUUCCUGGACACAGCAGGGGUCAAUGCGUUGAAGGAGGUGUAUAAGGAUUAUAAGGAGAAUGGGGUACAGGUGUUCCUGGCCCAGUGUAAUACCUCAGUACUGGAGUCACUGAACAGAGGUGGUUACUACCCAGAGAAGGGUAUGGGAGAAAAGGAAAGAGUGUUUUUCACCAUCAGCGAUGCCAUCCUCUAUGCACAGAGCCUCUCAUCUCAGAAUGGUGACUGUGACACGUCCUGUUAACAAGAGCUUUAAAGAUUGUACAGUGCCUUCGGAAUGUAUUCAGACCCCUUAACUUUAACCACAUUUUGUUACAUUACAGCCUUAUUCUAAAAUGGAU